GUGGACACUACAGUGAGGACAUCAGAGGUCUUUGGUGAAAGUCUUGGAGUGCAUUUUCGUUAGUUACAAAAACCAAAAAUGGCAACUAUUAAAAGCUUGGAAACCAAAGGCAUCCUCACUUCCACCCCAAUCCGAGGAGCAGGGGAUGGAAUGGAAACAGAGGAGCCCCCUAAGUCUGUUGAAGUCAACUCUGAAGUCCAGCCUACAAAUCAGCAUGUCCUUCAGAGUCCACGUAAGAAAGUUCCCUCAGACAGCCCAGGAGUUCUCCAGCUCGGGAAGAUCCUUACUGAGAAAGCAGUGGGAGUGGAAGCCGUGAGAAUAUUUGUUCCCAAAGCUGCCAUCUCUCAUGAUAUCCCCGGCAAAAAUGCAAGGCUGAAGUCUCUAGGCCAUCACCGAGAAGAAGUCCACCCUCAGCCAGAGGUAGUCACAGACCCCAGGAAGGAACUCUCAGAGGCAAAGAAGGUUUUAGAAAAGCUCAAGAAUUCUGAAAGGAGGCUACUUCAGGACAAAGAAGGCCUUUCAAACCAGCUCCGAGUACAAACAGAGAUAAAUCGUGAGUUAAAAAAGUUGCUGGUGGCUUCUGUUGGAGAUGAUCCACAGUAUCACUUUGAACGUCUAGCCCGAGAGAAGAACCAGCUCAUCUUAGAGAAUGAAGCACUAGGUCGAAACACAGCCCAGCUUUCCGAACAGCUGGAACGGAUGUCAAUACAGUGUGACGUGUGGAGAAGCAAAUUCCUCGCAAGCAGGGUAAUGGCAGAUGAAUUAACGAACUUCCGAGUAGUUUUACAGCGUCAGAACCGAGAUGCCCAGAGCGCCAUACAGGAUCUCCUGAGUGAACGGGAGCCGCUUCGCCAGGAGAUGAUCUCUACCCAGAAGUUGUUGGAGGAACUCUUGGUCUCCUUACAGUGGGGAAGGGAGCAGACGCACCUCCCUAACACACAGCCCCACAGCACAGCAGGGCUAGCACUUGCGAACCACAAAUUGGCAGAAGCUGUGCAUGCUCAUCUUCUGGGAAAUGUCGGCAUUAGUAAUCAAAAGAAGAUUCCAGCAACAGUAGACUUCUUCAGUACCCCAGCUGAGAAAAUGGCUGAAAAGGUUCUACGUAUUUUGGAUCCAGUUACCUGUACAGAAAGCUCACCAGACAACCCAUUUUCUGAAUCUUCACCAACUACAUUACUCACUACAAAGAAAAAUAUUGGACGUUUCCAUCCCUAUACCAGAUAUGAAAAUAUAACUUUCAAUUGCUGUAAUCAUUGCAAGGGAGAACUCAUUGCUCUUUGAUGUGUCGUGUAUUGAACAUGAACUUAGUACCCAAGAUUCAUUAUUUGGGAGCGGGGGUUCUUAUGACACUAGAAAUAAAACUAAUUCAUCUUCAUAUAAUAUAUAUCCACAAAAAUAUUUCAUGUACUAGUUUCCAGAUUAUUUUUCUUAAGAAAUAUCUCAGGGUAAGAAAAAGUAAAGCUAUGUAAUAGCUAUACUUAAAGUACAAAGUACUUCCCAGAGAAUUCACAGUGUUUGUGCUUAAAAAAAAAAAAAAAAAAAAAAAAGUAAAGAUUUUAUAACUUUCUUUUAGGCCCUAAAUUAUUAUUCUUCAUUAUAUAUUUUCUAUAAACUGUAAACAGGUUUCAUCUUGUGCAUAAAACAAAAACAGGUCAACUACAACCUUGCAUUAGAUGUGGCCAUGCCCAUCCCUUCCCUGUGACUUAAUCUGCUUCCCAGCACAGCAUCAGUGUUCAGUGUGGGGCUAGCAAGCCCAUUCCUUUAUAGGGCAUUUUUGCUAGUGUAAUAGCUGGGGGGAAAGGGAUUUGCAUUCCCUUUGUGGUUACAUUUGGGGUAUAAAAGAGGCCUUCAGAAACAUUUGGGUAAAGGGAUUAAUCUUCCUAAACAAAUAUAUUAGGAAAAUAAAAAAUAUUUUUAACUUAAACAAAAGUGUUCCAUGCUGUUUGUUUUUUGCAAGGUGUUCUGUCUUCUGUAUGGUUGCAGUUGGACAACCUAAAACAGGUUCCUAAUUAAUGACUCAGGUUGACACUUGCAAUACAACAGGAAUAUCUAGUUUGAUAAUAUAAUGAUGGAAAAUGAGUUUCUAAGGAAAAUGUAAUCCAUUAAUUUACAUAUAUUAUGUAAUAUAUUACUAUAUAAUGUGUCUUAAGAUGCCCUUUUGUUAACCUUUAAUUAUUCACAAAAAUCUGUCACCAAAAAAUAUACCAAAUUUUAAAAAUUACCAGAGAAAUCUUCAAAAAGCAAAUCUGGCCAAAUUAAAAUACACUUUAGUAUUAAACCUGCUAUUUCUUGUCUGUCUCAUCUGAGUCAUGUUUAUAACUUUCAGUGGCAAUAAACUUCUGUAUUUCCUUCUUGUA